GCGCAUUUUGGCGUCAACCGUUAGUUCAACCUUUUUAGUUUAACUUUUUUGCGGCGUUGACAAUAAAAUGGUUUUCAACAUUAAGGUUCAACUGUGCAGCUCAACUACGUAAAAGUUAAUGGGUUGACGAUAAAAUGGUAGUUGAUGCAUUUAUUUCCGUCAGGUGCUGGGCUACUGUUUAUUCUCAUUGCUCAUUGUUUAUUGUCAAAUGUCAAUAGCUGAGUGUUGUCAAAACAAAAAGUCACUUUGUAAUUUAUUCAGUUUUACUCCUCUGUUCAUUAAGAAAUCUGGAAAAUGACACAUAUGAGAACGGUGUAUCUAUUGCUGUCCCAGUAUGUUUCUAAUGGCAUUGAUGAAUUGAGUAGCGAGGAAGAUGAUUCAGAAUUUGAAGAUGAAGGAAUACUUACUUUGAUCGGAACCUAUGGAAUUGAAAGGCAUCCAAGACAUGUAGGGUAUCUGCACGUCAUAAGCCUUUAUUCUGAUGCUGACUUCUUUCGCCACUUCAGAGUAACGAGAGCAACUUUCCAGUAUAUAUUCCUCUAUCUACAAAAUAAUGAUUUCCGAUCUCAAGUAACAUUUUAUGGAGGGUGUGAACCAAUGUCCCUAUUUGAAAUAUUGUAUAUUAAUCUUCAGUAUUUUGGAAAUCAAGGAUCUAUGAGGCUACUUGCUGACAAAUUUUGUCGUACAGAAUCAACCAUUUUCAACGUUAUUGGCGAGUUUUGUCAGUUUAUAUUCAAUAAACAAUCUGAUUUCAUUAAAUUUCCAACCAGGCAAAAUAUGCGUUCAGUUUCUGCAAAGUUUCUGCAAAAGGCAAAUUUUCCUGGAGUACUAUCUGCUCUUGAUGGUUGUCACAUACCAUUUCACCCAAAAGCACCAAAUCAAGUUCCAUAUAGAAACUACAAAAAAUUUCAUAGCUUCAAUUUGAUGGCUGCUGCUCUUCCUGAUCGUUCCUUUUCUUAUGUUUUUUGUGGCUUUCCUGGAAGUGUUCAUGAUUCAACUGUUUUUCAAAAUUCAUCCCUUUUUCAGAGAUUAGAAGCACAAGGAAACCAAAUUUUCAAUCCCCAAGUAUAUCAUAUUAUUGCUGUUUCAGCAUUUCCUUUGAAAAUUUGGAUGAUGACACCGUUUAAAAAUAUUAAUGGCCAUUUGCAGCCAGUUAAAAAGAUUUUCAAUAAGAAACUCUCGUCCACCAGAAUGGUUAUAAACUUGCCUUUGGUGAUUUGAAAAACCGAUUUAAACGAUGCAUUGAUAUUAACACAACUAUCGAAAAGGGAGUGAACAUUGUGGUUACUUGUUGUGUUUUGAAAAAUAUCUGCAUUCAGCAAGGGGAUUUGUUUUAUGGGGAAUAGCUUGAAGAAAACAAUCUGCAUUGUAAUGUAAAUCGUGUACCAUUUCAUGGAGGUAGAAUUGAUCAUUUGGCUGAAAUGAAGCGACAACAUAUAUCUGAUUCAUUACAAACAAGGCGUCCUGUCAUUG